CAAGAUCGCAACUACCAUCAUCCCAGCGAUGGCAAGCGCGGUCCCGCAUGUCCUCGAGACCCUUGCGUGCUUCCUGCCGUCGUACGAUGCGCUCGCAGCGUUCUUACAUGCGCUGCCUCGCGACCUCUUGACGCCGUCGAUGCAAGCGCUCUCUUCGCUGGUCGAGCUUGCGCUGCCGCCGACGCUCGCGCUGGUCAUCGAGGUCCCGUUGGCCUUUGAGCUCCAUGGUCGUCUGUCGCGCGACGUCUGCGCGCUCAUCCAGGCAACGCUACCGCUAGCACCGCGUGUGCAUGUGCGCUACGCAAUCUACGAACGAUGCGAUGUCGAGCUGCUCGAGCAGUACCUUUGCGACGCGCUCGUCGAGGUCACGAUCAAGUGCAGUUGGCAUCCGAUGGUCCUCGACGACGCCUUCUUCGUGCGCGACACGCUCCUCGCCUGCCCGCUCCUCGAGCGCUUGCGCAUCGUGCGCGGCCACUCGUCGGCGUUGCUGGACCCGCUCUGGCUGAAUGCGCUGCUCUCGGUCCUUCCGCACGUGCGUCAUUUCCAUUUUCGGGGCUACCGCCUCACGAACGUGUCCCACACGGCGCUUGCUUCCGCGCUCCUGGCGUGGCUCGAGGCGCCGCAUAGUGCAUCCCUGGCGCUGCGCGACGUGGCGUUCGAUUUAGACCGCCAGACAUCCCCGCUUGCCUCCGCGCUGGUGGCGGCCAUUGGCACGUCGACCUCGCUGCAGUCGCUGCGUCUCCGCGAUGUGGAUCUCUUCAAAUACGGCGUACCGCACCUGCCGCCGCAGCUUGUGCAUCUCGAGUGGGACAAGUACGCGGCGCCGUCGGCGUUUCCGCCGACGCUGCCCCGGCCGAUGGUCCGUGCGCUGUUGGAAGCCGCGCAGCUACGCUCGCUCGGGUGCGCACAGCUCACAAGCGCCAUCGACCGCGACAUGCUCCGCCCGGCGCUGGCGCGGCUCACGCACGCGUCGAUCUUUGCGCCGCAGCAGAACAUCCCGCGGCUCCUGCGUGGGCUUGUGCACCUGCACCGCCUCGAGCGAUUGGACCUCAAGCGCAACGAGCUCACGACCACGCAGCUCGAGGCGUUCUUGCGCCUCUUGCCCGACUUGCGCCACUUGCGCCACUUGAACUUGGCCGAGAAUUCGCUGGAAAUGACCGACUUGCAGAGACUCUUUGCGGCGCGCCUGCCCUUGGCGACGCUCAACGUGGCGUACCAUCCGUGCGCAUGGGACCAGUUUGUGCAUCUCGUCCCGACCCUUGUCGAGGCCAUGCAAACCAUGACGUGUGUCGAUGUCUUUAGCCAGUGGUGGCGCCACGAGCACCAUGCCAAAAUCCUCCACGCGCUCGCCAAGGCGAAUGGUGACGGUGCCUUUUACGUUGCCGCCCAUCGCGGCAGCGCGUCGAUGGACGCGAAGACGCAGAAUUUGAUUGCGUCGCUCGGCCUUGGACGACAGUGGCACAAACCGCAGUGCGCUCUCCUCUUUUAAGACAUGAUGGGGCCGUUUUCAAGAAGUGGAAUUCCGCGCAAGGUCGAGCGAUCUAGAAGACCGGUUCCACGAUCGCACACGAUCCAAGAUCCAGGC